AGCGAAACCACCGCUGGGUGACAUGGCAGAGAACGGGUGUAGCAGAAGCGAAAUUUUCAUGGCCGUGGAGGAAAAGACAUGGAUUACAUACCACUAGCGGCGACUUUGUUGGCGAUUCUCCUCUAUUUGAAUACGCUAGAGGCGAACUUCGCCUACGAUGACAGUCGUGCUAUAUUGAAGAACCCAGAUCUGCUGCCGGAGACGCCAUUAUGGAACCUAGUCUACGACGAUUUCUGGGGGACCCCCCUGACCCACAGUGGGUCGCACAAAUCUUACAGACCCCUCUGUGUCCUGACCUUCAGGCUCAACUACUACCUCGGUGCCCUCGACCCCUGGGGGUACCACUUAGGGAACGUCAUCUGCCACGCCCUCACUACUUUCGUUUACACUGUGUUAGUCAGGGCGUUGCUGGGUUCCGAUCUCGGGACCCUGACCGCUGGAUUAACCUUCGCGGCUCAUCCCAUCCACACGGAGGCUGUGGCCGGGGUGGUAGGUCGCGCUGACAUUCUGGCCUGUCUGCUGGUCGUGUUGACCUUCAUCUGCUACCGGAAAUACGUCAGCCAGAGGUCAUCAGACAGCCCGGGGUCACGCUGGCUGACGGCCGGGCUGGUGCUGGUGCUGACCACGGCGGCCAUGUUGACCAAAGAGCAGGCCUUGACCGUGCUGGCCGUGUGCGCGACCUAUGACGUCAUCGUCGUGCACCGGGCGUCGUUACGUCACGUCUGCACCCUGGAGAUCUUCACGCAGCCCAAGUUCCGCCCCGCCCUUGAAGGUCUGAUAUUCCUGGCCGUCUGUGGUUCCUGUUUGCUGGGCUUCAGAAUCUACUUCAUGGGCAACAAGCCGCCGGAGUUCGCUCCCUCUGACAACCCAGCCUCAGACUCCGACAGCCUGACGGCCCGGGUGCUGACCUACAAUUACCUCCCUUCGUUGAACUUUUGGCUGCUGCUGUGUCCGAAGGUGCUGAGUUUUGAUUGGUCGAUGGAGGCGGUGCCGCUGGUGGAGGGGCUUGGUGACCACAGAAACAUCUUCACCUUGAUAUUCUAUGCAUCCAUGUUUUAUCUUGUUUUCCACGUGCUCAACUCCAUACAAAAAGACGACGCGACAUCAGAUUUCGACCAAACGAAAUAUUUCAAACGGAAAUAUUCAGCCAUGGCAUCUAAGACAUACACGAACGGAACUGGCAUAUCCGGAAGUAGUUUUUCACAUUCCAACGGAUCGUCGAAAUCCAGAUCUUAUGAUGAGAAUAAUGGCGGGAAAAUAAUGGCGUCACCACCAGUCUCCAUUCGGCAGGUGGACAUUAUCGUCAUCUCCCUCGCCCUUAUCGUCUUCCCCUUCAUCCCCGCCACCAACCUGUUCUUCUACGUCGGUUUCGUCGUGGCGGAGCGGAUCCUGUACAUCCCCAGCAUGGGCUUCUGCCUGUUGGUCGGGCUGGGCGUGCAGGUGCUCUACACGCACGCCAAGGAAGGACCCAGGAGGAAGCUGGUGCUGGCUGGACUGGUGCUUCUCGUGGUGUCCUACAGCGCUAAGACCGUGCUGAGGAAUCGGGACUGGCAGACGGAAGAGCGGCUGUACAGUGCUGGAAUCGGCGUCAAUCCUGCCAAAGCCUGGGGAAAUCUGGCCAACAUCUUCAAUGAUAAGCACGAAGUGGACAAGGCAGAACAGGCCUAUAGAAAUGCUCUGACAUACAGACCUAACAUGGCUGAUGUGCAUUACAACCUUGGAAUACUUUUACAGAACCAGAACAGAUUUGAAGAAGCAGUGGAGAGCUAUAAAAAAGCAAUUCAGUUCCGGCCUAAAUUAUCAGUUGCACAUUUGAAUCUUGGUAUUAUAACUUCACAAAUUGGAGAUCAUGAGCUUGCUAAAAAGAUCUACAGCAGGUGUGCUGACCUUGACACCUCAGGUCUGAAAGACCCCAGGCUCCAUGACAAUACAAAGAUCUCCUGUAUGUUCAAUCAUGGCCGUCUACUCAUGGAUCAGGAUAAGCUGCAGGAAUCAUUGGAAAUGUUUAACAAGGCAUUAGAAAGAAAGCCAGACCACUAUGCUCCUCAGAGUCUAUAUAACAUGAUAGGUGAAGUUUACUUUAAAAUGGGACAAUUAGCAGAAGCUGAAAAAUGGUAUCUAGAGGCCCUGAAGAGCAAACAUGACCAUCUCCCAGCACACUUAACAAUGUCCAAGCUAAACCAAGCCAAGUCUCAGUGGGAAGAAGCAGAGAAAUGGCUUGACAAGGCUAAACAGCACAAUCCCACAGACACAGCCAUUGACUUUCAUAGAGCCCAGCUGUAUGCUACAAUGCACAGAUUUACUGAUAGCAUUGCAAUAUUUGAAAAGCUGCUCCCAGCCAUGAAUCAUGACUUUGACAUAGUUUUUAAUGCUGCAAAUGUCUACAGGGAGGCUGAAAUGAAGCAAAAAGCAGAGGAGUUAUAUUUAUCAGCUGUGAAACUCAAACCAAAGGAGCCCUCAGCAUGGAUGAACCUCGGAGCAAUGCUGCACAUCAAUGCUAAAUACCCACAAGCUGAGCAGGCUUACCUGAAAGCUCUGGAGCUCAAGCCUAAUGAUAAAGUCACUACUGAGAACCUGCAGAGGUUAAGAAACUUAAUGAAUGUCAACAAACAAAGAUAAACAAAGUUCUGUUAAGUUUAGUUACACCAAAAUCAUCGCUAAAAGCUAGAGCAGAUAUUAAGGAAGUAAUGAAUAGGUUUUAAUAGCCUCAAUCAUUAUUUAAAAUGGAUUCAUAAACAAAUUUCAUAAUUUCUUUUUCAAUUUCAUACAAAAAUUAAAUGCUUUAUGUAUUCAUGCAACAUUAAUUGUCAGAUGCCAUAAUAUUAUCCUGUCCGAAAAGAUAUUGCAUGAUGUCAUAAUUCAAAGAGGCUUACAUUUUAAAAUUUUAAUACUUAUCCAACUUGUUUGGUUGGAGUAAUUUGUUUAGCAUUGUCAGAACAAAUUCCAUUGUUUUUCUUGGUGAGUCCCACACCAUGUUUUAAGAUGUUAAAGAGACAAAAAAGUUCUAGUGUGCCAUUACCUUUGUUUUAUUCUACAAAUCCAAAAAACUGUGAGUAUAAAACAUUCCAUACAUAUGAUGUUCUUACCUGUUUACAGACGUAAGGCAAAUGCAAAAAAUUUUUAACGAAUGAAUUGUUAAUUAAAAUUUUAAAAUUUCUUUUAUAACUGUCCCCACUUCAAUAGAUUAGGUAGGUAAAUAUAAACACAACUCUUAAAAAAUAAUUGAUAUUUAUGUUUCAUCUAGCUUAAUUUUUGUAUCCUAUGGUAGUUUAAACUUUUAUCAUAGAGUACAAAAUGAACUUAGGUGCAUACUGAAAUGGAAAAUUUUCCUAUUGAGUUAUUUCCCUUGUUUUACUGUGCAUGAACAUGAAGUUACCUUACAUAUUUCUUAAAUUGCUAUUUAAGUGUAAAGAGGAAUGACUUCAUGUGAGCAAUUAUAAAGAAAAGAUUUAGAUUAAAAAGUUAAAUAAUUCAAUUUCACUAAGUAUGUCCAUUAUAUUGGUUUUGUUUAAUGGUGAAUUUUAAUUUUAUGGAUAUUAGAAUGUAUUGUAUCAAAUGUAGUAUUGUGCCUAAUUUAUCUUAAAAAUGUUGAUGUUAGAUGAAAAAAGAUUUGGGCAACAAAGUUUCUAAUAUACAUUCCAUUGAUGCUUGCUGUCUUUACAAGUGGUUCUAUUUUUGUAUAAACUUUUCUGCCAUCUAAACAAAGAAGAAAUUGUUGCGAUGAAACUUGUAGAUACUUACACUACUGUGAUCUCAUGUAUUUAUCCCAUGCUUGUUCAAUUUGCUUGGAUUUUUAUGCUUCUUGUUUUAGUGUAUCAGUUUAAGCAUUUAGUAUGAUUUUUAAGUAUUUACUGUUUAAAGCAUACCCCUACAAUUUUCUUAUAGUAAAUAAAUAAAGCUUUGGUGCAGGAAUUUUUUAAUGAGCUGAAAAAUUGUUUAGAGUAGCAAAGCAUUCUUAAUGUUAUUUUUAAUGGUUUUGCUGCUUAUACUUAUUAAUUGUAAAUUUGAUAAAGAAUGAAUAAUGCCUACAUUUUAAGGAGAAAGCUAUAGUUCUACUUCCCUAAAACGAGAACAAACAGUACAAAAAUAAUAAACACAAGACUUAGUGCUAUCUGUUAUUGCUUCAAAUUUCUGUUUUGAAAAUAAUACUUCAAAAAAUAAGCUCUGAGAAACACUUUAGUUAAAUCACAAAAAUGUUAGCUGAAAUCCCAUGUGGAUACAAAAUGCCUCCACCGUCCCUUAAUAAUUUGAUUGUAUGUUUAAUUUAUAAAUAGCUAUAAAUUUUUAUGUACUGUUUUUAGUCUCAUGAAAAAUGAUUAUAUGUGUUGAUUAGAUAAUUGAUGUUACUUUGAGAUUUAGGAGAGAGAACUUUUGUAAAAAAUAUGUAGAUCUAGGUAUAACAACAGAUCUCAAGGAACAUAGACUUUUAUCACAGAUUUAUCAAAAUAGUAUCUACAAAUUUUACUUAUCUGCAGAUUAUCAGACAUAGACUUGAAUAAAAGCAAUAAAAAGAUAGGUUGUGUAAGAGAUAAGUAAAAUUUAUCCUUUAGCAGUUAUUUUCUCUAUUUUGAUAAAAAUCUGUUGUCAUAGAUGUCUUAUAUCACUAGCUAUUCUGAUUUUUAUUUUAAGAAUUUUUAGAUUUCUCUAGUAUUUACAUAUCAGGAUUGUGAACUUUGGUACUUUUUUAUGUUUUAAUGUUUCUAUAUUUGGAUGCUGUGCA